AAUUCACGCGGGAUUCACCGCUGUGUUUAGAUUUUUAUGGUUUUAUUUAGGUGCUCAUUGUUGGUUGGAGUCUUUGUCGUAUUGCAGAUUUUGUGGUUUUAACCAAAUAAUUUUACAAUGGAGAUAAUGACGCCCCCAAUAUCCCCAACACAUGAAACCACGAGUACGAGUAAUUAUCUACGUGAAAGAGGAAAUAUAGGAUUUCACUGUGUUAGUGAUGCCGAAAAGAAGGCAUCAUUUGACCCGCGAGGAUUUAUAAUGUCAGGGGCUAUAACAAAUCCCUCUAGUCUUCAUUCAAAAAAGUCUAGUUUUGUGACAGUGUUUAACCAAGAAUUUGACAUGGACACAUCUAAAGAUGAAUUGAAACGACUAUUUAGAGUUUGCUGGAAUAAACUUUGUUUGAUUGAUUCAACACAGAAAAUGGGGACUUAUGGAUUCACAUCUGAUACAAGUACCCUGGCAACUGUUAAUUUAGAUGAAGUCAGACAAGAUUUGCGCGAAUUUUUUGCGAUGCUUCACUUGUUUGUUGAAAGUCAAGGCGAAAGCGAAGACAAAUCAUGGAUACUGAAAGAAACCCUUCCAACUUUAUUGAAAGGAUUGGAUCUAUUACGGAACCAGAUUGGUUCUUUAAAUGACCUGCCUAAUUAUGUGUUGAGCCAUUCUCAAGUGAAAAAUUCACCAGGCCAUCAUCUAUUUCAUUGCCAUUUAGAAGCCAGGUGGCUUCAUAUAAGUGUCCUUUGGGCACUUUCUGAAUGUUUGAAGUCCACAUCAAUAUUUGAGGCCACAGAAAUAGCUGCUAUGUUACAGCCUUAUAGUGCUGAACAAAGCAUUGAAAAUUUAUUGCAGUCCACUAUAAGGUUUUGUAUUAUUGACUUAGUUGAAAUUGCAGUCUUGAAAUUUAACAAGCUGAAUCAGGACAGGAUUGUACAUUCCUCCCCUUUCAAUUGUAUGUGUGUGAAGGAGCUAUGGCUGCUUCUAAGAUUUAUUACAGAAAGCCUGAAUGACCAUGACACCAAGGCAUUCUGGAAGCUACUUGAUGAGUGCCUGCAGUUGGUAGUUAAAGCUGAUGCAGACAUUCCCUCAAAGAAAGGAUGGAGACCUCUCCAAACUAAAAAAUUUCAAAAGAUUGCCUGCUUGGAGCCAGGGCUAUUUGCCUUAUGGCUGUUGCGAGAUAUUGGGGAGGUUUACAUGUACUCUUCAGAUGGAUUCCUGAGUCCUAUUAGACCUGAGAUGGACAAGGGUCAGGGCAUAGUGAAAUGUGUGCUGAACGACUUGAUGGGAUCAAAUGACCUUGAAGAGCCCCAGCGACGCACACUCAUCUAUCUCAUGAAGGGUUUUCUUGUGGAUCCCUGGAAAACCAAACCAGAACCCAUAAUGAUGCUUUGGGAUGGAUUCUCUCGCAAGUUAGAUUGUGCAUUCCAGUUACCUGGAGCCCCUGCUAGCUCAUUUGUUGUUCCAAGUGAAACUAUUGAAGAUAUUCUGUCGUCUGUGGAAUUUGACAGACCGUCCAACAAGCCAAGAGUACAAUUGAAUAGCUUUGAGCUUUUUCUAUCUCUUCUAGCAACUUAUCUAGCCCAGGACAAAAAUGUAUGGAAAGCCAAAAUUUGUGGGAGAUUUUUUUCAAAAUUAUCUGAGAAGAAAAUCAAUAGUUUAAGUGAGAUGGGAUUGUUUCAUUUAACUCAAAUAUUUCUGUCCAUCGCCUUAGCCACAGAGGAGGUGGAGGAACUUGGACACAGGUUCUUCAGCCUAGUUUCAUUUAGUGAAACUGAUAAAAAGCGCAAUCAGAUGAUCAUGAAGGCAAAAUUGUGUUUUGUUUUCCUGUUGGUGAAGAAUGGAAAAGAAUUAAGCCCACUAGCAGGACCAUUAACCAAUACAAUUGAUUCUCUAAUAGCAAGAAAUCAGAAUCCUGUUGUUCAGGUAUUCAUAUCAAAUUUGGAAUGUUUAAUCAAAAACACUGAUGUAUUGCCCUCUGAUUUACACAUUUUAUUUGGUCCAUGGGUCAAAAGAUUUUUGCAACAGAACAACCAAGAUUCAACCACUUUGAGGAGUCUUUUAAAUUUAAUGAUUGAUGUUAUGCAGAAACUUCAAGUCUAUAUGGACUGCAACAAUAUAGUUGGAGGUGGAAUGCAAAAACUAGUUGAGAGACUGCAUGAAAAUUUACUUCCAUAUCUGAAAGAUCAGAAAUCCCAUGACUGGGAAAUUGCUGACUUAGCAUUUCAAUUCACUCUCAUUUCUCUCGAGUUCAGUAGUUCUUCAACAAAAGAGUCCUUCCAAAACUUGGUUCAUCUUUUCACAACAAAUGACAACUCCAAGCUAGUCAAAAGAUACCUAGACAGGCUUCUAUCCUGUCGAAAAAUAACAAAUAUCAUAGAUACAAAUGAAAGUCUGCAAAUUUUGUUUGUUCAAGCAUGGGUGCGCUGUUGUGUGUGUUCUAAUGUUGGCCAAGACAGAGAGACCGAGGUUAUGCAAAAGAUAUUUUCAAUGCCUGUGUUGAAAAAUACAUUCAAUCUUCCUCAUGACAAUUUUGUGACAGUAUCUGACCCACUGCUUUAUCUAGUAGAGGCAAUGGGAAAGACAUCGAGUUCUCACAAGAAAAUGAUUGUAACAAUUUUAGAGCCUUUGAGGCAGAUGAUGCCUUUGAUUAAAUCGUCAUUGUUUCCGACCAAAGCAAAGGAUUCCAGCUGGGUGCCAGGCAGACAACCUUUUCUAGAUACGGAAAGUAUUGAAAGAAGCUAUGUGGUUCUAGGAACUCUUGUAGCUGAGUGUCCUUCGUUCAUUUAUGAAAAAAAUAACGCAUCCAACUUCCUAGUCACCUUGGUGAAUUACCUCAUACUCCAUCCUAAUGUUUUCAAUAUGGAUGUAAGGUUACCUCUACCCAUGGAGAAUGGGCUGAGGAAAUCCCUUUUUUCAUUCAUUAAGGGGCUUUUUAAAUUGGAUCCCAAGAGGGAAAAGUGCAUUGAACGCUUCAUCAAGAACAUUAUCAUGGUUUAUGUGCCCAGAUAUUUAGAUCCAUUCAAAAAAAUAUGGGAUGAGCCGGAGGACAUGCCUGCAGCCAUUUAUAUAAUCCAAUCAGUUUGUGAAACAUUUCUUAAGGUGGACAAAAACAAUGUGCCGCACAAGUACUAUUGUCAGGGGCUAACAUUAAUGAACUCACUUAUUCAGAGAAAUGGCUGUGAUGAAAUUUUGAUUGGUUUGUUAAUUAAUAAUGUUCUACCAAGCUGCCUUUAUGUGGUAGCAAAAGUUACUGAUAUGAGUGCUGGCAAUAAUAGAAGACCAGAAACGGAAAAAACUCUCGGACUAAUCUUUGACACAGAGGUGUUCCGUACGUCUACCAGUUUAAGGGAACAAGCUACAAAUGUACUCAAUCAGCAGUCACGUCAAUUUCUUAGCUUCCAUGCUAAUCUCUUCAUGCGAAUGUUGCUAUUCUUGAUGAAAGUUUCCAAACCUCUUGUGAAGAGUUUUUAUCCCACUUUAGAAGCUAAUGUGAGAGAUGUAAUUUCCAAAAGAGGGAGUGGCAAUGAUAAAAAUUUGGAGACUUUUCUUGCUAAAGUCAAGGAAGGACUUCAGGUUUAAAAAAUCCAAAGACCUGAAGUUUUUGUUACACUUAAAAUUUGGCUGUGAUAAUUUUUUGUAGUAUGUCUGUGACUAAUUAUUUUUAUUAGGUUUUUUAAUAAUUUAUAAUAAACAUA